AUGAGUAAUCAUUAUUUGCGUGGCAUUCUUUUGAAACUUCAAGAUCGUCUCAGUGACGAUGAUCGAAAACGUUUGCAUUUCUUUUUCGGCCACGAUGUACCACGACGAAUCAGAGAUGACCCAUCACUUGGUGGUACUCUUAGUCUCAUGGAAUGUCUCUUCGAUGAAGAUAAAAUUAAUGAACAAGAUUUCACAUUUUUGAUACAAGCAUUCGAAGCAAUUCAAUGUAUCGAUGCCGCACAACUUUUGAGAGUCAACGCUCGAUGGGCACAGAAUGGAGUGACGGUUGCUGGAGACAAUAGACGAGGCAAUGCCACUAAUCAGCUCAACCGACCUUUUGGUUUCUUCGUUGAUGAUGAUCAAACGGCUUUCAUCGCUGACUUUGAAAAUCAUCGCAUCAUCAAAUGGAAGAUAGGUGAUACUAAUGGAACAGUGAUACUUGGUGGUCUUGACCGAGGAAAUCGAUGGGAUCAAUUGGAUCGACCAACUGAUGUGUUAAGCGACAUAGAGCCAGAUAGUUUGAUUAUUUGUGAUAGAUGGAAUCGACGAGUCGUACGAUGGUCUCGUCGUUGUGGUACAAUUCAAAGAGAACUCCUCGUCGACAACACUGAAUGUUGGGGAUUGGCCAUGGAUGAUCAAGGAUAUCUCUAUAUUUCUGACACCGACAAACAUGAAGUAAGACGAUAUCAAAUAGGAGACAAGAAUGGAACUAUCGUAGCUGGUGGGCAUGGUGAAGGAGCUGGUCUCAAUCAACUUAAUCGUCCGACUUUCAUCUUCAUCGAUCAACAACAGGUUGUCUACGUGUCGGACUACGAAAAUCAUCGUGUUAUGAAAUGGAAUAAAAAUAAGACAGAAGGCAUUAUCGUCGCUGGAGGUCAAGGCGGAGGAAAUGCUUUGACACAAUUGUCAUAUCCAUACGGGCUCUUCGUCGAUAAAUCUGGUACCCUCUAUGUGGCGGAUACGGGAAACCAUCGUGUGAUGCGUUGGUCUAAAGGAGCGAAACAGGGCACCAUCCUUGUGGGCGAAAAUGGUUCAGGAGCAGGUGCUAAUCAAUUGUUGUCCCCCACAGGUUUGUCCUUCGAUCGACAUGGCAAUCUCUACGUCACCGAUCAAGAAAAUCAUCGUGUUCAACGAUUCUCUAUCAAAUAG